AUUUUUAGAAAUCAUUAGCUAUCAUCUGAUCACGACCUUACACUUUAAAGCCUACACUUCUUGCCCAGGCUAUAAUCGUUACUGGAAUAUUUAACAUGGCUAAAAAAAGAAAGGCUUCCAACGCCCCUUCAGGGCCUAAGGGACCUCGAGAAUACGAUCCCUCCGACGCGAGGCUUGGCCCCAUUACGACCUUCGAAGAUGUAGCCGAUUCGGAGGAGGAAUAUUUUAUGAACCAAGAUGAAAUUCUUUUCGACAACGGUCCUAAAUCCAAGAAGCAGAAACGCAAAGAGGAGGAAGAGGAAUUCUUAGAAAAUUCAGACGAAGAGGCUCUUGGUUACGAUGACGAGGGUUCCGACGACGACGAUGAGAGCGACGAUGAAAACAAUAUCGCACGGAAACCGACGAAACCCUCUAAGAAGCGAUCUGGCGGUGGCUCCGAAUCUGGACAAGAUGAAGAAGAGGAAGGCGAUUCGGGUUGGUGGGGUUCUUCGAGGAAAGAAUAUUACAAUGCCGAUAACCCGGAGACGGAAGCCGAUGCUUUGGAAGAGGAGCAGGAAGCUCGGCGAUUACAAAAGAAAAAACUUGCGAAGAUGUCGGAGAGUGACUUCAUUUUUGAUGAAGCGGAAUGGUUUGCUCCCGAGGCAGAGGAUGCGGAUCAUAACGAAGUUGUCACCGAGGUUUUAAAAGAUGUUGAAAUCCCCGCCGAUUUAGGUCCUGAGGAGAGGCAUCAAAUUCUACGGACAAGAUAUCCGGAGUUCGACCAUUUAGCCGAUGAACUCCAACAAUUACAACCUCUACUCGUCACCGUGCAAAAGGAAGCAGAAGGGCAACCACCUAAAUCGUUGGCAGUAGUCAAGUACCGUAUCCUCGGUUGCUACGUUGCUGCUCUUGCUAUGUAUUUCGCUACACUGACGUCACCUGCGAGAGACGCGACCAACGGGGCCACAAAAGCGCUUGACCCGACAGAACUACGUGAUCACGAGGUUAUAGGGACGUUGGUUGAAUGCCGAGACGCAUGGAGGGAAGUGGAACAUGUUAAGAUAUCGGACAACGCACGAGCAGCUACUGGUAUUCCAUCUCCACCAGAGGAAGGAUUAUCAGUCAUUGAAGAGAAGAUGGAGCUAGACAACGAGCCUCCGAAGAAGCUGGGCAAGGAAGCCACAGCAAAGAAGGCAAAGGCUAAAGCUAAGGCGGAUCGCAGGGCGAAGGCUAUCGAGGAGUCGCUUGCUGAUCUCGAUGCGCUUAUCGCCAAUAAGAAGAAACCCAAGAAGUCAAACGCCGAGAUUACCGCAAGGGAUAGCGACUCAGACUUUGGCGAAGAAGAGACACUUGAUGCUAAAGCAGCAGCCGAAAAGGCAGCGCGCAAGAAGAGUCUCAGGUUCUAUACUUCCCAGAUUGUACAAAAAGCCAACCGCCGGGCAGGUGCUGGCAGAGAUGCGGGUGGUGAUAUGGAUAUUCCUUACAGGGAGCGCUUGAAGGAUAGACAAGCUCGUCUCAAUGCUGAGGCAGAGAAGCGCGGCAAGAUGAGCUCUAAGAUGGGCGCUGACCUUGGAGAUGCAAGCGACGAAGAGGAUCAACAACGACUUGCCAAUGCGGUUAGAGACGAUGAGAAUGAAUACUACGACAUGAUCGCCGCAAAGUCAAGCAAGAAGAAGGAAGAAAAGGCAGCUAGGUCAGCAGCCCUUGCAGCAGCUAGCGCAUCGGAUCGUGUUGUAGAAAAGGAGGAGAUCGGCAAAGAUGGAAAGCGCAAGAUCUCAUACCAAAUAGAGAAGAACAAGGGACUUGCGCCGAGACGAAAGAAGGACGUAAGAAACCCCAGAGUGAAGAAGAGAAAGGCAUACGCCGAGAAACAAAAGAAGCUCAAGAGUAUGAAACCGGUAUAUGGAGGUGGAGAAGGACGUGGAUAUGGAGGAGAGUUGACCGGUAUCAAGCCGGGGUUGAUCAAGAGUGUCAAGUUAUAGACUUAGAACAUAAUCGCAUUUUAUUCUACCAAGUCACGUACCGUAACUACCUAAUC